AUGUUUAUGAGCACAUUAUAUCGUGGAAUGUUGUCCAUUAUAUCGUGGGACCCAGUCGAGGAUCUCCGUGAGCCAACGUUACUCAGGUCUCGCUACACGACCUGCCGGCUGGCCCCGGGCGAGAGUCGCAUCCCGACGGUGCGGCGGUCGGGCCUUCCUCGGCCCACCUCAGCAGCGUCGUCUCAGCUGCAGCUGGGCCCCUUGCACUACAAUCCUGGCCCCGCCCCACUCACAUUGUCUCAGACCUCCCCCUCCUAUGAGGACUCCAGGGAAAUAAUAGCCAACCCCGCACACCUUCAGGGGAAUUCCCUCCAUCACCCUCAGGCGGCGGCGCCUCGGCUGAGAAUAGCCUCUGCUAAAGUUGGUCGUCUAUCUGAGAGUGAGCUGCCGGAGCCGGCCCAGAACCGUCGUGCUCAACGACCAGGCUCCAACACCAGCCGUCUCAACUUUCAGUACGGCAGUAGUGACAUCUGGCCGGAAGAGAAGCUACCAUGGAGCAGGGAAAGCCACGAGAGCGGCCUCAGGGGACUCAAAGCGUCAACGGAAUCUGCGUUCUCUAGACAGCUGGCAAAGAUCACACGAGGGUCCAACGAAGACGUGAGUGAUCCGUGCCUCAUCUACCGCGUGACCAGUAUACGCGGCCCCCGGUCCUGUUGGGACGGUCCUCUCCAUUCUGUGUCAGCGACUGAACCACCAUCCACUCACCUGUCCCGGGAGAGUGUUGGCAGACGAGUCGUUGUCGGUGGAGCCGAACAUGGAACUCUGCGUUACUAUGGCAGAACUGCCUUCUCUCCGGGCGAGUGGUGCGGCGUAGAGUUGGAGCGACAGGUGGGGAAGAAUGACGGUUCGGUAGACGGUGUUAUAUACUUUUCGUGUCGCCCAGGUUUUGGUAUUUUCGCACCUGCCGGUAAAGUAUUCCUAGACCUUGAUUAUAUCGGAGACGAUGAUGGUUUGUCCUUAAGCACCAGAAACACCAGUCAAAGUUCGGUCUGGCAAGGCUUAAUGCCGUCCUCAAUCCAUUCUCAGGAAGCAAACCCCACUAGGCGUCGGCCAUCUGACGCAUCGAAUGCCACCUACACCAUCGAGGGACGUGACUCUUCUCUUCCAACCUCCCCGGAGAGUCAGGACUCCCUGCAGCCUCGAGAGUUUACACAGACUAAAAGAACUACAGGCCACGACGACCACGAAGAUGACGUCGCCAGUUUGGGCUCUCCUGAAGAUGCCACUUGCGACGAGUCUUCCUUAGGCAUUUUGACCCCUGACCAGAUGCCAGACUUUACUGUCACGGCAUCAGCAUCCUUUGGUAGAUCACCGUCAGACGAAGACGUUGCAGCCCUGGAGGACGAGGUUUGUGACGCGUCUCUCCCCGCAGAAGCCUCAGGACGGGGAGAGGCGUCAUCAAUGGUUCCGCUUCUACGGUGGGACUCAGACCCGAGUGUGACUGGGGUCGACGAAGAGUUGUUCAAGAACGAUGUGUCCGCCAUUAUAAGGGAACUACGAACGUCUGCAGAAGUUAGUUCGUCUGGUGGCAGCUCUCCUUCACGACCACAUCCUUCCCCAGAAACCGAACAGUUCCAGCACGACGAAGAAGAACUUGAGCAACAGCAAAAGCAAGAGGACGAAGAGGAUAAGAAAGCAUCACUCAAGACUUGUAAAGAACUUCAAAGGGAAGUUCUUAACCAAAUUGUUGAAGAGCAGGAGUGCCAGACUAUUCCCGAACUACGAGAGGUAUCGGUAAACGUCGACCUCUCACGGUUAUCCUCAAUGGCUCGACGCGUGGCACCACUGACAGCUCGGCUUCUCCUGGCAUCAGCGGUUCCAGAAAUGACGCCUGAUACUGAGGCCGCAUGGAGCGGCGCUGCAGCAGCAGCCAUGACUACCAGCGCCGGUAGUUUAGACCAAGGUUACCAAGGCGAUGCUGAGUGUGAUCCACGCUCCGAGGGUGGCACUGGAACAGCUUCAUCUCCUACAGAAGACGUCCGACUCUUCCAAGGAGUCAUCGACGUAGAGAGACUGACGGAAGCGGAUGUUAGUUUAGCUGAUGACGAGGGCGAGGCAGACCAUCACGGGAACGUGACGGCGAGGGACAGAACAGCAAGGAUCAUUGACGGAAAGUUGUACCACAGUCACAGAGAGCUGGGCCGUGCACACGACAACAACACCUCGGAGAUGGAUUCAUCUGGGUUUUACUCUGAUCUUGACCCUCGUGACCGAGACGCUGAGGACGAGAGUGCCAGGACGGAUCUGGAGCCAGUCCAGGAGGCUCUCGGUAACUCCAACCUUCAUGACUCUCUCCUCGACGACCAAAGCCAUACUAACGACGACAGCACUCGCUACGACCACACUUUUGACGACCAUUCCCUGAAAGACGAUUUGAUUGAGGAAAAAGAAGGAAGUUAUACCAUAGAUGAGGAAGACAGAAGCUCCGCCAGCACACUACGGCCUGAGUCUAAAGACUUGACACUAAGCGAGCAACAAGACCACACACAGUCAUCUACCGACACCAAGCAAAACUCUCCCUCGCCGGCUAAUAAUUCCAGCUCGUCAUGUGACUCGAGGGUGUCUUCAGUGACCAAGAACAAGGAUGGCACAUCAGCACCCACUAUAGACCCCAAACUGACGGACUCUGGUAUUUCAGUAGAAGGAGGUGAGGACGGUGUCAAGGCUCAGCAAUCCCUUAAACCUCGUACCUACGACAAACCUUGGCUGUCGCGCCCGCCUCCACCCAAGAAAAAGGAAGAAAUUCGCAAACAACUGCCACCGCCGCCGCCGAUGCCCAAAAAAAAUGUUCAGUCUAAACUGAAGGCACUGUUGGAGGCCCAGGAACAUACGAACGAGGAAUGCCGACGGCCGCGCCAGCCUCGUAAGAACCGCUGGGAUGAGGUCAUGAACAAGAUUGCUGAGGGUCAGAAGGAAGAUAAAGUGCGACCCAAGGUCAAAGAGGUGAAGAGCCGACUGAUGGAGGGAGUCAUGAUCCAGACCCAGCUGUCACCCCAGGCUGAGCGAAUCCGACAAGAGAGGCGAGAACGGCGGGAACGACGCGAACGACAGGCGGCGAACGCAGCCGUGGCUGCCAGACGGGCAAGCCAGGCCAGAGGGGACAGGAAGAGAAGUUCCGCAAGUAUCCGAAGCAACCGAACCAGCCGGGCUCCGUCACUCGACUCGUUACCGACGGACCCGGUUCGUGUCUAUAGUCGAGGCUCCACGCCGGAACACUCCGAAGCUUCUCACAAGUCCAGUGAGUACCAGCUGACGUUUGUUGUGGUGGCGGGCAGUGUUUAUGUGUGA